AUGGAGACCACUGCCAGGGUCAAAAUAUUAAAUGAUUUGAAGACUCAGAGGCAUGAAUUGAAGCACACUGAGGACGGACCGAUGCGUAUCCCCGUGUCCCACCAGUCGCACACAACUUCGAAACAUUUAGACGGCCCGUCCCAGCAACGCCAACGAGUCCUGUCGGCGGCUAAUGGACCUCAGCGCCUAGUGCCACCGUUAAGACACAAUAAAUCUUUGCCUCAGCUUCCCAAUACUAUCAAAUCUGCACAGCCAGGAGAUCAGAAUGUCAAACCGGCAACCACUAAUGUCAAUCCACCCCCCAAACCUGCUGUCGAAAGAAACCCAACUAAGAUGAAUGAGCCCAAAGUGCCAAAACCUGCUGUAUCAACGACCUUACCUGCAAAACCGGUGACAGGAGCUGCAAAACCUGAGAAUGAACCAGCCAAGAAAGAAUCCGCAGACUCGUCAAAGAACAGGAAGCGGUGGAGCCUGGAUAGCUUUGAAAUUGGUCGCCCGCUAGGAAAAGGCAAAUUUGGCAACGUCUACCUCGCCAGAGAACGCCAGACUAAAUUCAUCCUGGCCCUCAAGGUGCUCUUCAAAAAGCAGCUGGAGCAGGCGGGCGUGGAGCAUCAGCUGAGAAGAGAGGUGGAGAUCCAGUCUCACCUCAGGCACCCCAACAUUCUGCGUCUUUACGGCUAUUUCCACGACGCGUCCCGUGUGUACCUCAUUCUGGAGUACGCACCCAAAGGUGAGCUCUUUGGUGAGCUACAGCGCUGUGGGUCUUUCUCUGAGCAACGCAGCGCCACGUACAUCAUGGAGUUAGCAGACGCCUUGGACUACUGCCACUCGAGGAAAGUGAUCCACAGGGACAUCAAGCCUGAAAACCUCCUGCUGGGCGCGAAUGGGGAGUUGAAGAUUGCAGAUUUUGGUUGGUCUGUUCACACGCCCUCGUCCAGGAGAUCGACAUUAUGUGGAACAUUGGACUAUUUGCCCCCCGAAAUGAUUGAAGGCAAGACCCACGACGAGAAGGUGGACCUGUGGAGUCUCGGCGUCCUUUGCUACGAGUUCCUGCUGGGGAAACCUCCGUUUGAAACCAAAUCGCAUGAGGACACAUAUCGCAGGAUAUCGAGGGUGGAAUACUCAUACCCUGCGCAGUCCAACAUCAGCCCACCAGCCAAAGAAUUGAUUUCUCUCCUGCUGAAGCACAACCCCGCACAUCGGCUGCCCAUACAAGGCGUCCUCGCCCACCCGUGGGUGCUCCAAAACUCCACCAAGAAGCCCAGCAGCUGCCAAUCAAAGCUAGAGAAAGAAAAAGGCAGUCAUUAA